CCGGUGUCACAACCCAGGAAGAGUGUCAGUUUAUAAAGGGUGACGCAUCCCUCGCCAGUGUCACCACUGAAUCAAUUUAGCAAAAUAAACGGGAUCGAGCCUGUUGUGUCUUUUAAGAAGAUACAUCUUAUACUACGUUUUAAUUUUAACAGCACGUCAAGAAGGUCGAACUUGUAUUUAAGGUUUGUGUUUGUAUGAAGGCGCCACAUUGAUUGUGUGUCCUCGGGCUUUCGCUAGCGGACACCCCGAGGGAGGCGGUCAGAACAGACUCAAUUGAGAAGCGGACGCAUUAUGGGCUCCCGAGCUUCGACGCUGCUGAGGGACGAGGAGAUCGAGGAGAUUAAAAAGGAAACCGGCUUUUCUCACAGCCAAAUUACACGGCUCUACAGCAGGUUCACCAGUUUGGACAAAGGCGAAAAUGGCACUCUAAGCCGUGAAGAUUUCCAGAGGAUACCAGAGCUUGCUAUUAAUCCACUCGGAGACCGAAUUAUCAAUGCUUUUUUUUCUGAUGGUGAGGACCAGGUCAAUUUUCGUGCAUUCAUGAGGACCUUGGCACACUUUCGACCAAUUGAAGACAAUGAGAAGGGCAAAGACCCCAGUAGUUCUGAGCCUCUUAAUAGCAGAAAUAAUAAGCUGCUGUUCGCAUUCCGACUGUAUGAUCUGGACAAAGAUGAUAAGAUAUCCCGCGAAGAGCUCCUACAGGUCCUCCGCAUGAUGGUGGGAGUGAACAUCUCAGAUGAGCAGUUGGGUAGCAUAGCUGACCGGACAAUUCAGGAAGCAGACCAAGAUGGAGACAGUGCCAUUUCAUUUCCAGAGUUUGUCAAGGUCUUGGAAAAGGUGGAUGUUGAGCAGAAAAUGAGCAUUCGAUUCCUUCACUAGCAGAAGAAAGUGAAUCUGCGUUUGAUGUACGACAACACAGGAUGUGCAAAUCAAUAUAGCCAGAAGCGUCUUGUCAUUUUUUAUUUUAAAUCUUUAAACUACAUUUAGUUAUUUGUUGAUUGGGUAAGAUGUGCCUUAGGAUGUCACUAUGGAAACAAAAUGACAAAGCUUGUGUAGGAUGUCAUCUGCUGCCUGUAAUCUCAAUUUUCUGCUCUUCGUUUUCAUAGUUGCCAGUCAGUCUGUACACAGAGUUGUAUAAACUGAUUAUUUAAAGUCUUUGAUUUUUUUUUUUUGUAAUAAUUCUACUAUGUAGAAGUUUAAAUAUAGGACAAAGUUAAAUUUACCAUUGCUGCUUUGUUGUACUAAAAGAAGAACAUUGCUCUGCAGUGUACAAAACUUCAUUAAACCAUCUUAGAAUCAAAUUUAUGAUGAAUUAAGGAAAACAAUUGGAAAAGAAAUAAAAGCCACAUUCUGCCAUAAUGUUCACUUGUUUUUCCUCAUGUUUUUAAGAAGCCUCUGCCAUUCACAGAGGCAUUAUGAUUUUUAUAAUGUUAUCACUAAUUGUUUAAUGGCUACACCUUUUCAAUAAUUUAAGAUGAACAUGAGAUGUGUAUUUGAGUUAAAUAGAAAUAAAUAAAACAAUCAGUAACUGGAAAGGAAAAAAAAAAAUGCAUUUACUGCUCAUCGUAUUCACCGGGAUCAUCAGUUCUUUUUAGGACGUUUUUUGGAAACCAGUUUUAUGGAAUUUGGAGCCUUGUGUGUAUGAGAAACAAGGGAACACAAAUAUUAAAAGUGAGGUUGCUGGGAUGACUCCCAUCAAGUAACUUGUCUUUAUGUCAGAUCUAACUGUUCCUAAUGAACUUGUCAUGUUCAAUGCUGUGUACUCUUCGUUUAUCUUGUAUCAAUCAAAGGUGGCAAUCUACCGAGAUAAGAGACCAAUAUGUUCAGCUUUAUAUUUCUCUUUUUUUUGUGCAUUUAUGUUCAUUUUAGAGAGAAAUCCAUUGCAAUGACUUCCUACAGAAGAAGCCAUCUGCUACUUCGCAGAUGUUAAAUUAAAAAUGGACAAAUAGAGAAGAUUUUAGGACUCUGUCUUCAUCCAAAACCCAGGAAUCAAUUCAUUUGUGCUUUUGGGAACUAAGGUUUGGCUACCAAAUCUGAUCUGUUGGUGUUCUUUUCCUUUAUUUGUAUUUCUUCAGUUCCAUGCCAUUAUUUUUACAGUGAUUAUGAUUUUUUUUGCACAAUAGGAGAGAUUGAGUGUUCAUUCUGUAAAAUAUUUUCACUCUUUCUAGAAGAGGAGUGGGCUCUUUUGGUGAUGGAUUUAGUUUAACCUUUCAGCAUUUAGUUUGUGUUCUGCUCACAGAAAUGAGCUACUGGGAUAUUUAAAAUGAAAUGUCCUACUGCUAAUAAAAUGUGCUUCUUUGAACAGCAGUCCAUUGUUUAAGAAUAUGUGCUGCCCAGGCAUUUAAGAAAAUACAUGCAGAUGGAUUAGCUAUUUAAGGAGGAGCGUGAAAGUUAAAUGGUAUCUCAUUUGAGGUUAGUGACCCCUUUAUGAAAACAAUAGAAUUACAGAAGUAACAAUCUUUAUUUGGGAAAGGCAAUUAAGUGUUUGUGUUUCACCAUUGAAUUCAAUAAUCAGUGGAGAUAAAAUUUAAAAUUUUAAUGUAUUACUUAAAUUCAAAAUGUUUCUCAGAAACUGUCUUUAAGUUUAUUUUUUGAAAUGUACCAAUGACAAAAAUGAAUUUUAAAUUUUAUUAUAAUUCAAUUUCUUGCAAUAAAAUGACCAUCUUACAAGUAA